UGUAGCCAUCAAAUGUGCAACAAUAACUCCUGAUGAAGCUCGGGUUAAGGAAUUCAGCUUGAAAGCCAUGUGGAAGAGUCCAAAUGGAACAAUUAGAAACAUUUUGAAUGGUACUGUUUUCAGGGAGCCAAUCUUAUGCAAGAAUGUCCCAAGGCUUGUUCCAGGUUGGACAAAGCCCAUAUGCAUCGGAAGACAUGCUUUUGGUGAUCAAUAUAGAGCUACUGAUCUGGUAAUUAAAGGACCUGGAAAGCUCAGACUAGUAUUUGAGGGAAAAGAGGAACAAAUUGAUUUAGAGGUCUUCAACUUCACUGGGGAAGGUGGAGUAGCACUCUCCAUGUACAAUACUGAUGAGUCCAUCCGCGCCUUUGCCGACUCUUCUAUGAAUACUGCUUAUCAGAAAAAGUGGCCACUGUACCUUAGUACCAAAAACACAAUUCUUAAGAAAUAUGAUGGAAGAUUCAAAGAUAUAUUUCAGGAAGUAUACGAAUCUAAGUGGAAAUCCUUGUUUGAGGAAUCUGGUAUCUGGUAUGAGCAUCGGCUUAUUGAUGAUAUGGUCGCGUAUGCGGUCAAGAGCGAAGGCGGCUACGUUUGGGCUUGCAAGAACUAUGAUGGAGAUGUGCAGAGCGAUUUCUUAGCUCAAGGAUUUGGUUCUCUUGGACUGAUGACAUCGGUUCUUGUGUGCCCAGAUGGAAAGACGAUUGAAGCUGAGGCGGCACAUGGCACCGUAACGCGUCACUAUCGUGUCCAUCAGAAAGGCGGUGAAACUAGCACAAACAGCAUUGCUUCUAUCUUUGCAUGGACCCGAGGAUUAGCACACAGGGCUAAACUAGACGAUAAUGCUGAGCUGCUCGCCUUCACUGAAAAACUGGAGGCUGCCUGCGUGGAAACGGUGGAGUCCGGGAAGAUGACCAAAGAUCUCGCUCUCAUCAUUCAUGGAUCAAAAUUGAGUCGGGAGCAGUAUCUGACGACCGAGGAAUUCAUUGAUGCUGUUGCACAGGGGCUGAAGGCGAAACUCUAAGUCACGUUAAUUGAAGGACAAAGUAAGUUAUAGCUCAUGCUAUUGCACAUCACAUCAUUUAGCGGAGAUAAUAAUUAUAUUUUCAUUAUAUAUGUGGUUGGGGAGGACUCUUUAAGAGAUGAGAGAUGAUUUGUUUCAUCUAACCACGCCACAAAUAUUCUUAUUUUGACUGCACUCUUUUUUUUUUUUUGCCUUUGGUUUAUAAUUGAGCUUUGUUAACUGCUGAAUAGCUUUAAAGCAUAACAAACUCAACUCAAGUUCGUCAAAUAAAGAUGUGUUUGGUUCUUUUUAA